CCCGAGGCUGCCCUGCUCAGCCACAAACAGCCCGGGAGCCUGCGAUCAGCUGGGCACUGCUCCCCGGGUCCCAGGAGGGAAAGCUCUCUUGGAAGAGCUGGAAAGAUAAGAAAACUGAGGUUCAGAGAGGAGGGAGAGCCCAACUAGAGUGUGCAGCCCAGCACUUUCUCUGCUGCUCUGCAACGAGCACAACAAUUGUGCUGCCUCUUAAAGAGUGCCCGCCUCCGGCCAUGCUGGCGCUGCUCUGUGCCUGCCUGCUCCUGGGGUCCCGCGCCUCGGACGCCUCGAGCGACCCGGGCCCGGCGCAGCCCGGCUCCCGCACGGAGGAGCAGAUCCGCGACACGCACGCCAAGGUGACGGCCAUCUGGCAGGAGCUGACGCAGUGGCGCGCGGGGGACGGCGGCCAGGACCCCGCGCUCCACGCCGCCUGCCGGGUGCUGCCGUCGGCCACGCUGGCGGCGGCGGAGCCCCGGGUGAGCGGCCUGGUGCUCUUCCGGCAGCUCCGGCCCGGCGCCCUGCUCGAGGCCUUCUUCCGCCUGGACGGCUUCCCCGCCGAGCCCAACGGCACCAGCCGCGCCAUCCACGUGCACCAGUUCGGGGACCUGGGCCAGGGCUGCGACUCCGCCGGGCCGCACUACAACCCGCUGGCGGUGCCGCACCCGCAGCACCCAGGCGACUUCGGCAACUUCGCGGUGCGCGACGGCCGCAUCUGGAAGUACCGCGCGGGCCUGGCCGCCUCGCUCUACGGUCCGCACUCCAUCGCGGGCCGCGCCGUGGUGGUCCACGCGGGCGAGGACGACCUGGGCCGCGGCGGCAACCAGGCCAGCCUGGAGAACGGCAACGCGGGCCGCCGGCUGGCCUGCUGCGUGGUGGGCCUGUGCAGCCCCGCGCCCUGGGCGCGCCAGGCGCAGGAGCACGCGGAGCACAAGAAGCGGCGGCGAGAGAUCGAGUGCAAGGCCGGCUGAGCGCACCCCCACCCCCGGGCGGCCCGAGCGCACCCUCCACGCCCCGGACCCCUUCCAUGCGCCCUGGGCGCCCCUCCACGCCCUGGCACCCAUCCAAGCGCCUGCGAUCGCCUCCGAGUGCCCCAAGAUCCCGCUACACCCUGACAGCUCUCCAACCUCCCGAGGUUCCUUCCAUGCGGCCCAGGCCCGCCUCUGCGUACCCCAGGAUCCCUCUGUGCGGACACCUCUCCCAAGCACCGAGACCCCCUCUACACCUUGACUCUCCUCCAAGCCCCGGAGAUGGCCUGCAUGUGGCUUAGGACGCCUGCGACGCAACCCAGGGUCCCGCCAUGCCUUGACACCACCGCAAGAACUCUGGGACCCUUAUACACUCUGACAUCUCUCCGAGUGCCCAAGAUCCCCUCCAUGUGACCCAAGUCCCCACCCUCUCACCUUGGUUUUUCUCCUCCUGCUCCCAGAGGCACCCUCUACUCUGAGGUAUCACCUCUGCCAUGGCUAGGAUCUCCCUGAAAAUCCCCUCCACCCUGAGGUCUCCAGCCAUGUGUACUGAGACACGGCCUUUCAUCCUAAGGGUACCGCGAGCUCUGAGGGCCCCCAGAAACAGUGAAGUACCCCUAUUUACCCUGAUGGUCUUCCAGACUCCCUGAGGUCCCUUUCCACCCGGACACCCCUGCCCUCACCCUGAGAGCCCUGAGAUCCCUGGAUGCCCUAAGAACUCUCCUACCCCACCCCCUUUAUGUUCCUUCUUGGCACUCUGAGACCCCUCCUGUGGUUGCCUACCCCUGCCCCCCCCCACUCCCGUAGGAUGUGCAUUGCAACCUGCACUUAGGCACCCCUGCCUGUGCCUCCAGCUAUUCCCCCAACCCCACACUCCAGAGAGCUGCUCCUCUGGGGGCUGUUUGGCAGUCUUCCUGUUGCACAUUAAAAACAGCAAUU